UUCUGAUUUUCCCACGCAGGCACACAAACACGCGCGGAGUCACGCGCUGUGACUUAUGGGGCGCCGACUGGUGCGGACUGAUUCAUGGGAUUUGCAUCUGUUUAUUUCUGGCUGACUGCAUCCUCUUCUCCAGCACCUGAGCGAGCAUCCCACCGAUCAGCCAAUCACAGCGCAGGGCUCAGCCCUUUCACAGAGACAUAACGAGGGCUGCUUCACUUCACCCUAACACUAUAAGAAGCGCUUGGGUUGCUGGUCCGAUAACUGCUCGAGUAUGUCCGAGGUUUCCACUGCUUUGCCUACGACUGCAGAUGUGUGAGCAUGUGUGUGUGGUUGGCAUGGUUUUCCCCUUCUGUCUCCAUCUGGUCUCCAUUUGGACUUGGAGUAUAAAACGGUUGCGCGGGGAGAGAGCGGUCCGCAGAGCUGAGCUUUCUUAACACACAAACUCGCUACUGCAGCUAUGGCCACGGCGCUGUGGGUCUUUCUGCUCUGUCUGCAGGUAUGUCUGCUCACGCAUGCUCUGGACUGCGCAGAAAAUGGUGCGGACUGUGCAGACACACAGGUCACAGAGGUCAAGCUGAUGACUAGAAGACAAGCUCAAGCCCAGCAGGGACCUCCCAGAGCUGGAUCUUACUCAGUCAAAGGAUCUUCCAACAAACUCAUCCAGAUGUCACAGCCUGACAGGUCGAGGCGACAUUUACAACCCAAAAAGAAGCCCCUACGGUCUCGCCUUGGCUCUUUCUCACUGCUCGACCACAACCGUGAAACUCAUCCCUUACAGGUAGUGAGCAUCGAUAAACACUUCAACGGUGCUGCCUAUCCAAAAAUCUCUUUAAAGUCCAUGAAGAAGAGGUCCAGGAGAAGUGCACCUAAGAGAAACAAGAACACCAGGAAUAUCACAUGUUCAUAAAAUUAAAUCAAGAAUAUAAAGAUCAUACUCACUUCUUUUGUGACCUCUGAGAUGAUGAAGAAAAAUUAAAAUGACAUACCAAAAGGUGUUUUAAAUGGGAAAAUGAAAGCAUGUGUUAAUGCGCAGCAUAAAGCUUUGAAUAUUAUAGGUAUUCCUUCAUCACAUAUUUUUUUAUCUAAUAGAGGAUUUGGAUCAAUAUUGUACUAAGUUAUAUAAGUCAA